GGUUUAUUGCUGUUGUAAUGGACUUUGACUUCUGAUUGAUGUUGACGUGGACGUUGUUCAGCUGGAAUACGCCCUUUUCACUUUGUCCCUCACAAUCAGGAUCAGGAGUAGCAACCUUCGGCUGUGUAUAUCGUGUCAGCCCAGCGGAUUGUUUCACGAAACAGCUGUACAAUCUCAUUGGAACUAGAUUAGUUCAUGGUCUAAAGAUGUGUGCUGCGGUAUAUGUUUGGUCUACGGUAACGGGCUACGUCCUCACGUCUGCUCUAUUGAUGAAGUGUCCCACACUUCUACAUCGGAGGAAGAGGGAGACUUUCGUCAGCAGACACAUCUCGCAUCGUGGAGGGGCAGCUGAAAAUCUGGAAAACACUAUGGCAGCUUUUAAGCAUGCUGUGGAUGUAGGUACAGACAUGCUGGAGUUGGACUGUCACCUGACCAAAGAUGAAGAGGUGGUGGUGUCGCACGAUGGUAACCUGAUCAGGUCCACGGGCAUGGAAGCCUACAUCUCAGAAGUUGCGUACGCUGAUCUCCCCAGUUACCUUCGCAAACUUGAAGUCACUUUCGAGAGAGAGUGUUACUGUGAGGCAGGGGAGGACAAGUGCAUGCCUCUGCUCAGGGACGUGUUCGAGGCCUUCCCCAACACCCCGGUCAACGUGGACAUCAAGGUCAACAACGACAUGCUCAUCAAGAAGGUCUCCGAGAUGGUCAUGCAGUACGACAGAGAGCAUCUCACCGUGUGGGGAAACUCCAGUAACAAAAUUGCCAAGAAGUGCUACAAGGAGAACCCUCGCAUCCCAGUGUUGUUCAGCCUGGCCCGUGUUCUGCAGCUGCUGGGGCUCUUCUACACCGGACUCCUGCCCUUCGUCCCCCUCAAGGAGCAGUUCCUGGAGAUCCCCAUGCCCUCAAUUAUCACAAAAAUAAAGGAUCCUAGCAAAAUAACCAGGACCCAGCGAUUCUUCACAUGGCUCGCAGAUACCCUUCUGAUGAGGAAAGCUCUGUUUGACCAUCUAACUGCCAGAGGAAUACAGGUGUACAUCUGGGUGCUGAACGACGACGAGGACUUCCAGAGGGCGUUUGAUUUGGGAGCCACGGGCGUUAUGACAGAUUUUCCCACCAAGCUUAAAGACUUCAUCGAGAGGAAUGGCAUCACUAAGCCCUAGUGACCUGCUAGCUUAUCGACACUCUGCCCCCCCACCCCCUCCCUCCGGCUUAGCCUACAAUCGGCCUGACCUGCCGGGACCACAGCACGGGGCCAGUGGACUGAGGCAGUUCCUGCCAGGCUGUCAGUCACAGUUACAAACAACCUGCAACAGGGGCCUCGCCACCCAUUCUCUUAAUACCCUUGCAGUGUGAAAAACCAAACAAAAAAAGAAAUAUAUAUAUUUUUGCACUGGGAAAAACAUUGAACUCAACAGCACGGGAAAAGUGGGACUGUCUCCGCCUCCUCCUCCAUGAUUGGGUGAAAGAGAUGAAUGCGUGCUUAGAAGGGGGUCAAUGGUGUGUUUACAAUGUGGGCCUUACAGAGAACACACGCACUAGCAAACACACACACACACACACACACACCAUAUCUAUAUCUACAUGCUGAAAAACAGCAAUAUUUAGGUUGUUUUUUUCAUUGCAGGGUUGUUUGAAAUGGAUAUAUAAGCACAUAGGCAUUAUUCUCCUUUCUUCUGGUGUUACACUGGCAUGCUUUUGGUUUUAAAAACACUUUAGAUACUGACAGGUACUGUUAUUAUGAGGUUCACAUCCAUACAGUUGAUAUGCAAGGUACAAAACAAUAUGUGAACUUAUAUGGGACUUGUUUCAAGAAUUAUUUUGAGCUAUAUAAGCCAAGAAAAUUGAUACCAUGUUUCAUGACACACAAUAAGAUCACUGACAAUAAUCGACAAUAAGCUACCAAUGACUCUGGAUAUUACUUGAGUUACUGUGCAAAGGCCACUGAGAUUACGACGCCCAAAAGUUGUCGUUAAUGCAUUUUCGAGGUGUGACGUGAAUAGUUUUGGCUGUGCAAUGGUGAUGUCUAAUGAAUUGAACUGAUGUUUGUGUAGUGUAUGACAUUUAGUGGUACUUCACUGAAUUUGUGACUUGUAAUAAUGGAAAUGGCAUUUUAUUGGUUAAUGUAAUGUUUUCAAGGAUUUUUAAAUUAUUGUGUGAAAUUCUGUUUUCUUUUGGAAAUUGUAUAACGUGUGGACAGAAUUUAGCGUAAAUCUUUGAAUUUUGGAUUAUUUAGAAGUACAAUUUAUGUCACUGUGUAUUUGUUUAUUUUAUUUUUUAUCAAAAUCUGUUUAACCUUGUUAAAAGUUCAGAUUAAGAUUCCUUAAAUGUCCUUGUAUUGGCUAUAUGUAUGCUUUAAUUCGCAGAUCAUAAGUAUUUAAUUUCAUUACAUUAAGGAUGAAUUGAGGGAUUAUGUUUGUCAAAAAGUGGUGGUGGUCAAAUUAUAUUUGUUUCCACUGUAAUUGGGAUAAUAAAAACAUUGAUUUGA